AUGGACUAUUUCUAUAGGCUGGAGGUUAGGGAAGAUGCCAUUAUGAUCAAAUUGCCAUUUAUGUCUCUCCCACUGCUUCUCCAAAUGUCCAGAAAGUCCAGAAGCAUAGAAAUAAAGAACUACAGCAGUAGCACAUCGGGUUUCACCCUCCUUGGUCUCUCUUCCAAUCCUCAGCUGCAGAAACCCUUCUUUGCCAUCUUCCUCUUCAUGUACCUGGUCACCGUGGUAGGGAAUGUGCUCGUCAUCCUGGCUAUCCACUCUGACUCCAGGCUCCAUACCCCUAUGUACUUCUUCCUCAGCAACUUAUUUUUCAUGGAUAUCUGCUUCACAACAGUUAUAGUGCCCAAGAUGCUAGUAAAUUUCCUAUCAGAAACAAAAGCCAUUUCCUAUGUGGGAUGCUUGGUCCAGAUGUACUUCUUCAUGGCUUGUGCUAAUACUGACAGUUACCUGCUGGCCUCCAUGGUCAUUGACCGGCUGGUGGCCAUCUGCAAUCCUUUACACUAUGAUGUGGUUAUGAACCCACAGCGUUGCCUCCUCAUGUUACUGGGAUCUUGCACCAUCUCCCACCUGCACUCCCUGUUUCGUGUGCUACUCAUGUCUCAUCUGUCUUUCUGUGCCUCUCAUAUCAUUAAGCACUUUUUCUGUGAUACCCAGCCUGUGCUAAAGCUGUCCUGCUCUGACACAUCCUCCAGCCAGAUUGUGGUCAUGACUGAGACCCUGGCUGUCAUCGCGACGCCCUUCCUGUGCAUCAUAUUCUCCUACCUGCGAAUCAUCAUCACAGUGCUCAGAAUCCCCUCUGUAGCCGGGAAGUGGAAGGCCUUCUCUACCUGUGGCUCCCACCUCACUGUAGUGGUCUUGUUCUAUGGGAGUGUCAUCUACAUCUAUUUUAGGCCCUUGUCUAUGUACUCAGUGGUGAAGGACCGGGUAGCCACAGUUAUGUACACAAUAGUGACACCCAUGCUGAACCCUUUUAUCUACAGCCUGAGGAACAAAGAUAUGAAGAGGGGUUUGAAGAAAUUAAGGGACAGAACAUAG